UCAGCUGCAGCAAUGGCAGAACCUGUGGUGUCCCCGAGGAAAGAAAAAAUGCUUCUCUUGAGUCGCUUUGCACCGUCUCCAUCCUUAGCCGAACUUCAGACGAGGGAGAAGAGGUUUGUUCUGGACUGUGUGGCUGUCGAAAGAAUUUCUAAGGAUUACAGUGUCUCCUUGCCAAAGCUUGGCUCCGUCAUACCUCCUUACAAUGCCCAAAAAGACCACCACGUACACAGUUAUUUUCUCAGUAGACCUGUGCCACCGCUGCUGAGGAGAACAGGACAGUCAUGGGGAGGGACGUCAACGCUUGGUGACCUCGCUGAUCGUUUCCAGCACCACAGUGCAGCUGCUCAUUACCUACAAACCAGAAACAGCUCGGGGUCAGGUCAUUCUGCAGAACACUCCAGGGGCCAUGGCUUGUUUUUAUCUUCUAUCAGUCCGGUGAUCGGCUACAAUGGACUCUAUGGCUACCGUCGAAACACCCCGUCUCUCAGAAGGAUGCCCUCCCCAUUUGGAAUUGUUACCAAGUCAGCAAUUUACUGA